ACUCUAAGCCCCACCUUGGACUACACGCGGGGACAUUUAUCGUUUAGUUCUGGUCGUUCAAAAUGGCGUUGCCGAAAAGAAUAGUGAAGGAGACUGAGCGCCUUAUGGCGGAGCCGGUCCCCGGUAUCAAUGCUGUGCCUCAUGAAGACAACCUGCGUUAUUUCGAUGUUUCGAUCCAUGGGCCGGCCCAAUCUCCAUAUGAAGGUGGUAUCUUCCGUCUUGAACUGUUCUUGCCCGAAGAUUAUCCUAUGACUCCUCCCAAGAUUCGAUUCUUGACCAAGAUCUACCACCCCAACAUCGACCGUCUCGGACGUAUCUGCUUGGAUGUCCUGAAGAACAACUGGUCCCCUGCGCUCCAAAUCCGUACGAUUCUGCUCUCUAUCCAAGCCUUGCUUGGAGCUCCGAACCCAGAUGACCCGCUUGCAAAUGAUGUCGCUCAGCGCUGGAAGGAGGAUGAGCCCGCUGCGAUACAGACCGCUAGGGAAUGGACCAGAACACAUGCCAUGACUUAGAUUAUUGAGGAGUGACUCAACAAAAUCCACUAUGACGGAAUAUGAACCAAUACGUUGUGAUGUGACCAUGAAAACAAAAGUUAUACUGCGAGCCUAGGCCCUCCCGGCAACUAUCUUUUGGAUCAGUCUCAUGCCCCUGAGAGAUCUUAUAUCAUUUCCUUGAAAGAGAGACCCU